GACGACACGGCCGUAAAGCCGCCAUCUUGGUGGUUGCGGCUCCUUGCGACAUGGAGGCCGCGAUGGCAACGGGCGCUGGGCCGGCGGGGCUUACGGCAGCUGAGCCACGGGGACAGGAACGCGCGGAGGAGGAAGCCCAGUGCAGCCCCGCGCCCCCCGCCGCCGCCGCCGCCUUCCUCAGCCUCCCCGCGCCCUUCGAGGAGGAAGAUGAAGAUGACCGGCACAAGUGUGGCCGCUGCCAGUCCGAGUUCACCUCUUUGGAGGAGUUUGUGCAGCACAAGUUGCAGAAGCUGUGCCAGAGACCUCAGGAAGCGAUUGCAGCUACCCCGGUGGCCUCGUCUGCAGAAGAGCCAAUAACUGUGGCUCACAUAGUUGUCGAAGCUUCUCCAAUAACAGAAGAGAUCAGCAACGCAUCUGCAAUACUCGGGAGCGGGCACAUUAAAGAAGUCAUUGUCGUCGGCGACCAUGUCUUUGAGAGCCCCAAUGGCCACAUUGACAGCGAUGCAGCUGCAGAGGAGGAGAGUCCCGAAGACCCAGAGGAAGGGGCUUCCGUGGAACUCGUCAAGGUUAAACUGCUGGUUAACAAAGAAGGCCGCUACGUGUGUGAGCUCUGCCACAAGACGUUUAAAACGGCCAGCAUCCUCAAAGCCCACAUGAUCACUCACAGCAGCAGAAAGGACUACGAGUGCAAGCUGUGCGGGACGUCCUUCAGGACAAAGGGAUCACUCAUCCGCCACCAUCGCCGCCAUACAGACGAGCGGCCUUACAAGUGCAAGAAAUGCGGGAAAAGCUUCCGCGAAUCGGGGGCUUUGACUCGGCACCUGAAGUCCCUGACGCCCUGCACAGAGAAAAUCCGCUUCAAUAUGAACAAGGAGAUUGUAGUGAGCAAAGAAGACGCAGCCUCAGCUCCUGGCAGCUCCAGCACGCAGACUGUUUCCUCGCUGGUCGCUCAGUCCCUGGACUCCUCGCCUGUCAUCCGCCUCGUAACGGACGCCAAAGGGAAUGUCCUGCACGAAGUCCACGUCCAGAUGCAAGAGCUCCCUGCUGCAGUGGCCAAGUCGCCGGACCAGGAGUCUUCCAGUCCUGCUGAGCUGCCCGCUGAGGGAGAGGACAACGAGAACUUGCUGCGUGAAGCCAUGAGGAAUUCUGGUAUUGUGAUUGAGCGGGUCUCGGUGCAGGAGGCAACCAAACCUGAUGGUGGUGCUGAUGGGGCUGCGACACCCGAGGAGUCAAAGAGCAAAGACGUGGAUGCCCCAGAGAAGAUCUGCGAGGAGCAGUACAUUGAGCAGGUAGAAAUGCCAGACACAGAGACGACAGACGAAAGCAAGAGUCAUGUCUGCCCCUACUGCAGCGAAGUCUUCGAGGAGCCCAAGGCCCUCGAAUUGCAUGUCAGCGGACAUCUAGACUACAAGCCCUUCAAGUGUGAGGAGUGUGGCAAAGAGUUCACGAAGGGCUACCUGCUGAAGAAGCACCAGGAGGUGCAUGUGAACGAGCGGCGGUUCUGUUGUGGGGAGUGCGGCAAGCUGUACAAGACCAUUGCCCACGUCAAGGGCCACCGGCGGGUCCAUUCCGAGGAGCGGCCUUAUCCUUGCCCCAAGUGUGGCAAGAGGUACAAGACCAAGAAUGCCCAGCAGGUCCACUUCCGGACACAUCUGGACGAGAAGCCAUACGUCUGCAACUUCUGCAGCCAGGGAUUUCGAGAAAAGGGCUCUCUGGUGCGCCACCUGCGCCACCACACGGGCGAGAAGCCCUUCAAGUGCUACAAGUGCGGCCGGGGCUUUGCGGAACAUGGCACCCUCAACAGGCACCUGAGGACGAAAGGGGGCUGCCUGCUCACCCUGAAAGAGACGGAAGUGGCCGUGGUGUCGGAGGAAGGGCAGUCGGCAGACAGCCUGGCUGCCACCGUCAUUGCUGAAGAGGCCCCCACAGUCCUGGUGGAGUUCUCGUCGGUGGUGGCAGACACCCAAGAGUACAUCAUUGAGACAGCCACUGAAGACAUGGAAACCAGUGAAGCUACAGAAAUCAUAGAAGGCACAAGGCAUGAGGUGGACAGUCACAUCAUGAAAGUCGUGCAGCAGAUCGUGAACCAAGCCAGUUCGGGUCACCAGAUAAUUGUCCAGAAUGUCACGGUGGCAGAAAGUGGCAGCCUAACGCCCGACAGCACAGACACGAUUGCCAUCGCCACCCCCGAGAGUCUCACGGAGCAGGUGGCCAUGACCUUGGCUUCUGCCAUUGGCGAGGGGGCGGUGCUGACCACGGAGGGCAGCAGUGAGGUGGAAACAGCCACCCUGGGCGAAGACAUUGAGAUCAUGGAGCACUCAGGGGAGUUUGUGAUCGCCUCCCAGGAGGGGGAGCUGGAGGUGCAGACAGUGAUCGUCUAGGGAUCAAUCUACACCCCACCUGCAGCGCUUUGCUCUUGGCGUGUCUGCGCCCAGCCUGUUCCCGCACACCCUUUCAGCAGGUAUGUGGGGACGCGCAAGAGCUGAAGAGUGGCUGCUGCUCCUUGCUGCCUGGACGGAAGGUGUCGGGGAGGGAAGGGGGCAUUUGGACAGUCAUGCUCUGCUCCCAGGCUGCUCUUCCUAGCAAGGAAAGCACUUUAUCCCAGGCUGCUGCAGGGAAAAGGAGAGGCCGAGCCCCACUCCACAGAGAGGCUCACAAGCUUGGGGCCGCUUGCCUUUCCUCCUCCCAGCUGCUUCACGCAUGGAACACGAGUGACUCAUGAGGGACACAAACCUUCGAGAACGGUUUGAAAGGCUUCACCGCAAAAUGCCACAGGUUAUUCCGCGGAAUACCUUUUCCAAGUGCUAAUGUAAAAGUCACGCUGUACAUUUUCUUUUGUAAGCGCAGAGCUUUUAAUUGUAGAUUGUACAGUUGAGCUUGUAAAUAAAUUUUCUUUAUAAAACAA